UUUUUGCGAUUGCUUUGCCAUUGCCUUGGGAUAAUAUCACCUCUACAGCAUAAAAUUCUAAGUUGCUGGCAUACUGACGUAUCAUCGGGACCAUUUUUACAGCGGGUCGGCAGACGAUGGCGGCAGCCAAAAACACCGCGUAUCGGCGAUCUCCACUCGGCCAGGCGUCUGACGUCAGCGCCAGACCGAGCGGCGACAACAGCAGCGAUGCGAGCAAGAAUGCUGACGUCAGCACGAGCGCGAGAUCGAGGGACAGCGACGCGACGGCAGCGAAGGUGGCGGAGUACGAGCGAUUCGUGGAGGAGAGGCUGAAGGUCGAUUUGCAACAGGCGAUGGAAGACAGGCACAAAGUCCAAGAAGAGAUUCAAGUCUAUGAGGAGUUGGUGCGCAAUAUCGAGGCGCUGGAGGCGAAUGGAGUGGAGGAGAUGAGAGCGAUGGUCAACCUUGGAGGGGAGGUGUUUGUGCAAGCUGACGUGCCUGACACAUCCCGAAUAUUUGUGUCAGUGGGGCUGGGCUUUCACGUGGAGUUUACCAGACUUGAAGCCAAGGAGUUUGCCGCCACCAAGAUCGAGCACUUGAGAAAGCAUGUUGCUGGACACACGGAGACAGUAUCAUCGAUCAAAGCACACAUCAAGCUGGUGGUGGAAGGGAUUCGGGAGUUGCUCAAUAUCUCGGCUGAAGAAGUGUGACCUUAGACCUAAUUGGGUCUGAGAUGUGAUUAUGGUGAAGGGCUUUGUGUGUUGACGAGUUGGCCAUGUAGGCGAGAGAGCCGUGAAGCGGCCUUGAAUGCCUUUGAGUCGACUCAAAAGCCGUGAAGCGGCCUUGAAUGCUUUUGAGUCGACUCAAAAGCCGUGAAGCGGCCUCGAAUGAGGUAACAAGACUAGAGCACAUUGGAUGGGAUCAUGGGAGGGAGUCUGCAUGUGCACGAGUGAACCUCUUGUAAAGAUUUGGUCGCCUCAGUCAGCUGACUUUUAAGACUUACCGCUUUAAGUUCUUUCACCAUAUCCACCCGGAUAAGCGCCCCGCUCCCAGGGAACAAGACCCAGGGUCCUUAACUCAGCUAAUGGGGCUUAUGCCCCUCAUUUGAUUAUCUGCCCCUCGAUAAUAUCCCUGUAGGUAGGGCCUUUCAGGAUUGUAAGUCCUUCAAAACAGAGUUACC